AUGAUCGCGAAGGCUCUUCACCUGCCUCUUUCUCUGUGGAAUCUCACACCGGAUCCGACACCCGAAACUUCUCCGACGUCGUCAGUGGACUACGACUGCUACUUUAACGAGAAGGAGAUGGACUCCCGGCCGCUCAGCCUGGCCAUCCCUAGCCGCAAUCUAUGCCAAGCGCGCCCAACCCUGGACGAGGUGCUCUCCAACACGGCUCCCUACCCAUUCACCCUCAGUGCCUUUAUGGCCUAUCUCUCCCAGAACCAUUGUCUCGAAACGCUCGAGUUCACCAUGGAGGCAAAAAGAUAUGCAGAAACCUAUCGAACCGUUUCUCGGAUGCUGGACCAGUCCCCCAUUUGCACUGAAUGCCCCCAAACGGAACACUUGCGCAUGCUGUGGCAUCGCUUGAUAUCGGCUUACAUCGAGCCGGGCUCCCCACGGGAGAUCAACCUUUCCUCGGAGGUCCGGGAUGCUCUGCUUGCAGAAACCAAUUCCACGAUGCCUCCUCCCCCGGAGACUCUGGAUGCCGCCGUGCGGCGGAUGCAUGACCUGAUGGAAGAGUCGAUCUUUAUCCAUUUCCUGAACAACUAUAGUGCGCCAUCGUCGGGUUCACCGUACAACGAACGCAUGAAUCUGUCAAAUACGAGUCUGGAGGAACACCACGGCAACCGGAUUCGACAAGUUGGAUCCCGGGGGAGGCGACCGUCUCCUCAAUCGUCCUUCGCGGAUUUCGCGUCCCAUCGUGGUCCUGUCUCUGGCCGUCUGACCAAAAGCGGACCUGCAACUAAGACCGGAAGUCGCGUCCCGGGUCACGCUUCCAUGAGCAGUGGUGACUCAGGGUCUCCUGUUCUGACCGAUGAUUCCGGGAGUGCGCUGUCGAGCCCGGUUGUUGGGGAACCGAUGACACCACCAACGACCCCUCCAUCCAGUGACUUGAAUAUCCAAACGGGCUACGGCUCCAAAGCCAGAUCGGAGAGUAAUGCAUGGAAGAAAAUGGGAAUGAAGCUAGGUUUUAAGAGACGACAUGGGGGAUCAACCAGUCGCGAUCCGAGGUUAGAAGAAUGA